AGGAGCCGGAGGGGCUCCGGGCGCCGCGCAGCAGACCUGAUCCAGCUGCUCGCCGCCUCGCUCUCCUCCGAGGGUGGCAGUAGCAGCCGGGGCGGCCGCAGCUCCUCGGGGGAAGCAAGGAGGCGAGUGCGGCUUCACUCCGCGCCGACUACCUCAACCUGGUCCCCACGUGUAGCCUCGCCGCCGCCAGGCCAGGCCGCCAGACAUGGAUUUCCUCCUGGCGCUGGUACUCGGGUCCUCUCUCUACCUGCCCGCGGCCGCUGAAUUCGACGGGAGGUGGCCCAGGCAAAUAGUGUCAUCAGUUGGCCUGUGUCGUUACGGUGGGAGGAUUGACUGCUGCUGGGGCUGGGCCCGCCGGUCCUGGGGACAGUGUCAGCCUUUCUACGUCUUAAGGCAGAGAAUAGCCAGGAUAAGGUGCCAGCUCAAAGCUGUGUGCCAACCACAGUGCAAACAUGGUGAAUGUAUUGGACCAAACAAGUGCAAGUGUCAUCCUGGAUAUGCUGGGAAAACCUGCAAUCAAGACGAACACGUCUACCCAACUCCUCCUGACCAGGGCAGUGAACAGCCUCUUUUCCAACCCCAGGAUCAUCAAGCCACAAGUUUACCUUCAAGGGAUCUGAAUGAGUGUGGCCUGAAGCCGCGUCCCUGCAAGCACAGGUGCAUGAACACUUACGGCAGCUACAAGUGCUACUGUCUCAACGGAUACAUGCUUAUGCCGGACGGGUCCUGCUCAAGUGCCCUGACGUGCUCCAUGGCCAACUGUCAGUAUGGCUGCGACGUUAUCAAAGGCCAGAUCCGGUGCCAGUGCCCGUCUCCUGGGCUGCAGCUGGCUCCCGAUGGGAGGACCUGUGUGGAUGUUGAUGAAUGUGCUACUGGAAGAGCCUCCUGCCCCAGAUUUAGGCAGUGUGUCAACACUUUUGGGAGUUAUAUCUGCAAGUGUCAUAAAGGCUUCGACCUCAUGUACAUUGGAGGCAAAUACCAAUGUCAUGAUAUAGAUGAGUGCUCCCUUGGUCAGUAUCAUUGCAGCAGCUUUGCUCGCUGUUUCAACGUGCAUGGGUCCUACAAGUGUAAAUGUAAAGAUGGAUACCAUGGCGAUGGACUAAAUUGUGUGUAUAUUCCAAAAGUCAUGAUUGAACCUUCAGGUCCAAUUCAUGUACCAAAGGGAAACGGUACCAUUUCAAAGGGUGAUGGAGGCCACAGUAAUUGGAUUCCUGAUGUCGGAAGUACUCGGUGGACUCUGAAGACACCAUAUGUUCCUCCUGUCAUUACCAACAGGCCCACUUUUAAGCCAACAACAAGGCCUACACCAAAGCCAACAGCAUGGCCUACUCCACCUCCACCCCCACCCCCGCCCACAGAACUCAGAACACCUCCACCACCGCCCACCCCAGAAAGACCAGUCAUCAGACUGACAACAACUGCAGCACCAGUGGCUACCACAUCUCCCAGAGAGGUUACAGUUGACAACAGGAUACAGACAGAUCCUCAGAAACCCAGAGGAGAUGUAUUCAUUCCGCGGCAUCCUUCAAAUGAUUUGUUCGAAAUAUUUGAAAUUGAAAGAGGAGUCAGUGCAGAGGAUGAAGCAAAGGAUGAUCCAGGUGUCUUCAUACACAGUUGCAAUUUUGACCAUGGGCUUUGUGGGUGGAUCAGAGAAAAAGACAGUGACCUGCACUGGGAACCAGUGAGGGAUCCAGCAGGUGGACAGUAUCUGACAGUCUCAGCAGCCAAGGGCCCCGGGGGAAAAGCGGCGCGCUUGGUGCUACCUCUCGGCCACCUCAUGCAUUCAGGGGACCUGUGUCUGUCAUUCAGGCACAAGGUAACUGGGUUGCACUCCGGCACGCUCCAGGUGUUUGUGAGGAAACAGGGUGCCCAUGGAGCCGCCCUGUGGGGAAGAAACGGUGGCCGUGGCUGGAGGCAGACGCAGAUCACCCUGCGAGGGGCUGACGUCAAGAGCGUCAUCUUCAAAGGUGAAAAAAGGCGUGGUCACACUGGGGAGAUUGGAUUGGAUGAUGUGAGCUUGAGAAAAGGCCACUGCUCUGAAGAACGCGAGCAACUCCACAACUAGCAAUGAACUCCUAUGUUGCUCCCUCUUCUUUUUCUAAUCUUCACCUCCUGUCUUCUCCCUUUUGUCAGGCCUAGGAAAAGAGUGGGUCGGUGGGUCAGAGAACGUCUGGUCUUUGACCCUCAUCUUUUCGGCCUGCUUUUGUGCAAUCCCAAUGAACAAGUGACCCCCUCGCGGAAAUGAAAGGGGCGUCUGUAGACACAUGCAGUCCCUCUGUGGGUGUUACCUUUUAGGAACUGGCCUUCAGCCUGUGUGACCUAUGCCAUCCUUCAUCCUGGUUACAAGGCGUUCCUUGUAGCAGAUUAUGGGAGACGUCUUCAAAAGAAAUUUGUGCAAAUGGCAUUCUGUUAUCUGUUCAGUGUUGUACCAUGAGUAGUAUUGACUUCCCCUAAGAUAUGUUGUACAAUGUGCUUGUGAAACUUGUUUCUCCACUUCACUGGACUGAUCUGAACUCUUUUACUGCCAUUCACUUUAUAAAAGAAGGGUGUGCAACAUAUCAAAAUGCAUUUAAUCUUGUUAUCUGAAUUUUUCUUUUAAAGACAAUUAUGUAAAGUGAGCACGUAAUUCCUUGUUAGUAGUAUUGUGUUUUGUGUAAAUGUAAAUGUGCUAUUGAUAUUAAGUAGUUACGUGUUCCUGGUAUUUACAGACUCUAGUUGCAAAAGAAAAGGCAGCUUGUGAUCUCUUGAAUUAAAAAAUACAUGGUGAAAUGUUAUCCAGUUCUAUGACCUUAUAUUGGUAGUAGGAGGAAUUUGAAGAGGUGUCAGGUUGUAGUAGCGAAGGGAUGAAUGUUUGAAUGACCUUCUGUUUGAUCCUUACAAAGGAUAAGAAACCAUUUAUUUAGGUAGACAAGAAGCUGAAAUUAGCAUAUAAAACUGUCAUUGUUUCUGGCUACACUUUAAAACCAACAGCUUUUACCACAGUAACCUGGUCCUCUCUGGUAAUCUGUAAGAAGCUUGGUAAAAGUUCUGGCUGUUUCAGAGGAAAGAUUCUGUUUGUGGAAAUAGGAUGUGGAGAAGCAUGGGAGCAGCCCCUUUGGAAUAGAGUUUCAUACUAAUUUUUAAAUCAGUGAAAAUUUAGGCAGGUCCAGCUGAUAACUUUUGUGCUGUCAUGUCAGGGUCAGAUAGGAAGCAAGUCACAUGCUUUGAGGUACUGAAUGUGCUGGAACAGGCUUCACUUGCACACUAGAACAACAGGUCAAGAUUAGAAUUCUAAGAUCUAGGAACCCUCAACUGACAUGUUUCCUCCUUGCGUAUUUUAACUUUAUAUGAAAAGUAUAUAACUUUUAAAAUGCAACUUACUACUGAGGCUUUUCCUCGUUUCUGAUUAACUAAUCAAAAUAUUUUCUGCUACCUUUGCCAGGAAUCACAAAGAUGAUUAAAGGGGUGGAAAAAAAAGAUCUAUGAUGAAAAAGUAAAGGAGCUGGGAUUACUUGGCCUGGAGAAGAGAAGACUGAGGGAGGGCAAGUCGUUGCGGGUGUUCAAGUGUAUGAAGGAUUGGUACAGGGAGGAUGGUGACCAGCUGUUCUCCACAUGCACUAAGAAUAGAACAAGAGGAAACAGGCUUAGACUGGAGUAUGAGGGAGCAUUUUCUGGCAGGGACAGUUAUUAAAUUAGAAUCCCUUAUAAAGAAGUGUGACCUUCUCUCUGUCUCUUUGUGAGGCUUUAAAAAAAAUCAGAUAAAAAUUUGUGUAUUUCAGAUGGUUAAUGACAUUCAAGUUAGAGUAACAGAUUAUAGAACCUCCCAAAAGAUAUUUUGAUCCUAUUACUAUGUAAUGAAAAUCUCCAGGACUGAGUCAUUUGGACUAGGCCGGGGUUUAAUUUAGGCAUUUCCCUCUUUGACUCCUGAUGGAGAGGAAUCAAAAAGGGGAAAGUCGACCAAAUGCUGGGCUCACUAAAAUGUCUCUCCCUUUAUGGCAAACCUAGCAGUAUUAAAAUAAGAAAGGAAAAAAUAUAUAUAUAUAUUUAUUCCAAAAAGAUUAUAAUAAACGUGUUUUAGUAUUCAAUGUCCUAAUGUGGUGGUGUUUAUUUUUUUUUUCUUGAGUAAAUAUAACCCUUUCACUUGCCCAAUGGAUGAUACUUAAGAUUUUUAAAAAGACCAUAACAAAGAACACAGUUUGCAGAGCCUUCUAACUGGUGCAUCCUCUCUGCAGUGUGUGUGACAGCUGAACUCCGUUCCUGACAGAGAGGGCCAUGCCCAGCACAGCUGCCAGGCCCCUUCCUCCUCCUAAUGGGUCUAAUUCAGUUUCUAUCAACUGAAUCUCCCAAGCUCCACAAUGGUAAUAUUUUUUGAACAAUAGGUAUAAUGGUAUAUCUCUUGUCAUUUAACUUGGUGGAGGCAGGGCAGGAGGGGAGUAUAAAUCAGUGAGCCUUUGAGUAGGGGCCAGAAAAUACGGCCUGAGAGCCUUUUUUCAAUGAUUCAUUAUCUUUUUGGUCAUAUCACUGCACAAUGGAAGAUGAAAGGGGAAAAUAUUGAAAAUUUCACUUUUAGGUGCCAAUAAUUCAUUGCACUAAACUGACGAAAGAAGUUAUCCAAAGUACUGUAUAACAUCUUGUUUAUUAUUUAAUGUUUUCUAAAGUGAAAAAUGUUAGUGGUUUUCCAAACAGUCAAAUAAAAAUAAUUCUUUGUAAAUAAAAACAAUAAUACCAGAUGUCUAUUUCUUUUUGUUCUGAAUUUCUUUUAAUUGGGGGGAUAUAUACUGCUUACAUGAUUGGGGACAAAGAUAUUGCCCACAUUAUUAUGCUUCUAGGUUAUAAAUAGAUAUUUAUUCAGCAUGAACAGGAAAAGAGAUCAGAUCAUAUAACAUCUUAGCUAUAUGGCUUAGCAAAUGGCUUCAGCUUUCUUAUAUCUCACUUUAUUGUAACAUUUGCCUCA